UUCAACAGGUGUGGUAAGUCUCUCAAUGAACGACACCCGACACUAGCUAAGGCAGAUCACGUGCGAAAUUGUAGAGUUCACGCGCUCAAGGCGAUAUUCAAAGACAAUGUCAAGAGGCACGUAAACAAGCAGUGUUGAGAACAAGUUGUUGUUUCAGUCGUUACGCAUAGAGUUUGUGUGCAUGACGUUUGAACAUUGAUGACAUCACACCAGCAGAGUUGACACCGUUAUCAUCGACUUGAGGUCACGUGAUGGCGAGAAGAGCACGCGACAAGAAAUGGCUUUUAAAGAUUGAGAAGUUGGAAUACAUCGACAGAGAAGACUCGGGGGUUCAUUUAGAGGAACCAUCAUCGCCCUUACAACAACAGUGGUCAACAUCUGAUCUGGAUGAAUUUGUACGUCAGUUGACCAACCCCAAGCACCAUAUAUCCAAAGUGUCAUCAGCAUCACCAAUGUCACCAACAUCAACAUCACCGUCAUGUGCAACAUCGCCUCGACAGAGCAGUGUGGACAGACCUCAAACAUCAGACAUUUGCACAGACUUUCAAGCUAAGUGCACAGUUAGACGAGCUUGUGUUACUCGGGGCAAGUCCGAUGACGUCACAACAUCCCAGUCCAGGUUCAAACUGGGAAGAUUACGAAGAACAAGACAGCGAAGUUCAGAAGGGGACAGUGUUGAAACUGUAGAAGCCUCAAACAGCUCUGUAGGGGACGAUGGAAUCUAUGACGUGUCCGAAUCCAUCCCGCUCAAAUCCCCUCCGUACCACGUAGAGCAUCAUGUGACAUUUACAUGUGACACAUCCCCAGAUGGGUCAGACACAGAACACACAACACAUAAACCUCAAGAGGAGGUUACUCCAUGCAAAAAAGACUCUAAAAGAAGGCGAUUCCGCAAAAUGCUGACGCGACCUCUACGACGUAGUCACAGCGCAGGAUGUGCAAAGGACAUACCUGCUCAUGCUUUAUUUCUACAACACCAAGGGGACACUGAAAUAGAAUCGAUUGAGAGUCGAAGACUGAAGCUUGUGAGCAGUGAGUCGACUGAGUGUGAGACAGGUAGACGCCCUCCACGCCCAAUACACAAGACAUCUUCAGCUGAUGCUGCGAUGAUGGCGUCAGACGACAUCCCAUCAUUCAGCAACCAGGCGAAGACAAAGUCUCGAGGACUAGCAAAGAACAUGAAAAAGAAGCUUCAGUUCCUGCGUCGAAGACACACAGACACAUCCCUGGGUGACCCUCCGAACAGAGAACGGCAAGAUCUGUCACAUCAACCAGGAGGAGUCCAGCAAUGGAGCAAGUCCUUCGAGGCUCUCCUCACAGACAGACAUGGGCUUGAGUUGUUUAAAGGUUUCCUCAAGUCAGAGUUCAGUGAGGAGAAUAUUGAGUUCUGGAUCGCCUGUGAGCAGUUCAAGACGACCAAGUCCAGCAAACUUAGCUCAGUUGCCAACAAGAUCUACACAGACUUUGUGGCCGUGCAAGCACCACGGGAGAUCAAUCUCGACUCCAAGACCCGAGUGAAGACCCUAGGGAAUCUCAGUCAGGUGACUCGACAGACGUUUGAGGAUGCUCAGCGGAGAGUCCAGGCACUCAUGGAGAAAGAUUCCUACCCUCGCUUCCUACAGUCGGAGCUAUACCAACGCCUUCUCGUAACACCCCAGAAAUCUUGAACUCUCUCCCGGUGAAAGAGACUUGAUGCAAACAUUCGAAAGACUUGCAAUUCUGUGACAUGGAAAUAGACACUGUUUGAAUCUGUGAUUUGCAAAUAAUUUCUUUUGCAAACUGUUGAAAUAUGGCGCUGAGAAAUGACAGACCUAUUUGCGCAAAUGUCAACACCUUUUCCAAUUGUGAAGAUAGCAGAUGUUGAACAAGGAUGUGGGAACCGAAUGCUACUUCCACAAUGGAGGACUGUGGGGACAAGACAAGAAACGAAGAGGGGUAAAAGCUUAUUGCCUUAAAGGCAAUAAGCUAGGGUGGGUUGGCCGGGUGGUUAUUAGUGCUCACAAUGUUUCCAUAUACACUGAGAAAUACAAUGUAUAUCCUAUUUUACCACUCAUCGUAUAUCAGUGCACACUGACACUCUAUCACCGGAAUCUUACAGAGGCUGUAUGCGUACUCCAAAUCAACCACUGUAUGAUGAAGACACUGCAUCAUCUCCAAACAUCCCUCACAUUGUGUACAGCUUUUUGUUCAUAUUUUUGUUUUCUCAAUAAUCAGGGUUUGUUUUAAAACUGUUUUUUGCUAAUGACAACGAUAUACUUGCAACCGAUAUUAGUAUGGUUCAAAUCAAUUAGAUCAAGAAAAUAUUAUUUAAAUGAAUUCUGUCUUGGAUUCUUUAUAUGACAGAUUUUCAAUUAAUUGUUUGAAUAUUUUAAGCAAUAGUUGUUAUAUGUCUGGACAAAAGGUGAAAAAAGGUACUUUGUUUAUGAAAUAGUAAUAUUCAAGUAGAUAUGUUUUGGCAGGGUCGGAACAUCUGCAAUCUCAAUAUGCUACACUCGUUAUGCAAACGUGUUUUUGUUAUUCAACUUUUUAACUGUUGUUGAUAAGUUUGGUGUUGAUUUUUUCCCUGGACUGGAAUCUGGGGUGCAAGUUGCAUAAAGUUGAAUGUUGUGGUUAUCAUAAACAAAACUUGAUAGUGCAUAAUUUCACUACUGUAAACUCAUUUGCAAACAUUCUCACUUUAUAUACCACAUUUGUUUAUAGUCAAUGGAAAAAAGAAAAUGAAAAAAUAUAAAAAUACAUUUUUAUUGUAUUGUAUGAUGUUGAAUGAGAAGUUGUGUACUUUGUGCUUUUUACAUGGAUCCACUGUCCAAAGAAAUAAAAGUUAUUAUUAUUGCUA